AUGACCGAGAAAGUCGCGGAUUAUGAAAGACUCCUGCGCGAUCUUAUUCCUCGAGUCAGUGAUUCGGAUGCCAGAAUGAUUCGAGCAUCGUUGCAACGGAAGACCACAACCGAAGUUGAUGAGGCAGGCGCUGAAGGCACUGCGGACACAACGGCAAUCCACGCGCUAAAUGUGGAAGCCGAAGAGGAAUCUAAAGGUGAAUCUGAAGCUUCUGCUGGAGCCGGUUCCACGGGCGCUCUCGAUAGGACCGAUGAGGAUUUCACCCGCGAGCAGGCCAAGGCGACUGGGUUCAUGGGGAAGAACUCGGAAGUCACGUGGCUACAGCGUCUGCGGGAAGAGAACAAGUAUGGGGACCAUCCCAGAGAUGACCAAGGUGACGACGGGCAACAGAAGGUGUCGAUAGCUUCUGCGUCCUCUUUCACCGCGACGUUCCCCGUGGGCGACCCGCAGAUUUCUCUGGCAGAAGCAGACGAAGGCUCCACAGUCAACGACUCAAACUACCAUCUCGAUGACAUGUCAAUAUCAACCUUUGAGGCGGUGGACCCAUAUGAAAUGCCCACCCCGGAAGCUGCGAAUAAUCUCUUCUAUGCGUAUAUGGAGCGAGUCCAUUCCUCCUUUCCGGUUGUGGGCCGGCUGAAUCUCACAAGACAAUUCGGAAGAUUUGUUGGUGGGACAGUACAAAGGCCUCCUGGAAAGUGGUUAGCCAUCAUCAACUUGAUCUUUGCCAUUGGUGCCAAGUAUUCGCAUUUGAUCAAUGCUGAAUGGAAAGGCGACGAACGUGAUCACCUUAUCUACUUUACACGCGCACGCCUUUUGAGCAUGAAUUCUGAAACGAUGUUCCAACAUCCGGAUCUACAGCAGAUACAGAUAUUGGGAUUGAUGUCUUUCUAUCUCUUGUGUAUUGGUCAAGUGAACAGAGCGUGGGUCUUGAAUGGCGUUGCAAUCAGACAGGCAGGCGCAUUGGGCAUGAACGUGCGCAAUGACAGUUCCGUUUUGAAGAACUCGCUCAAGGAAAUCCGAUACAGGGUAUGGUGGGCCCUCUACACUCUUGAACAUCGACUGUGCAAUAUGACAGGCCGAGUCAACUGCAUUCUCGAUGAACACUGCACCACACCACUUCCGAUCCCACUGGAGGAAGAACAGUUUGAAACCGAAGAAGGACAGAAGCUUCUGAGCAAGGAAAAGCAACAAGGAGAUCGCGCACCCUCGUCUAAUGCUCCAGCACCAGCUGGUGUUGGUUCCGCGCCCUCACCCGAUCGUUCUCGUUCUCAAGCAAAGGUAGAUCCGUGGUCGCCGUCGACGCCUGGUACUGCCGGAGACAUGGAGUGGGCUAAAGAUAUACCACCUAACUCCUCCCUUUACUUCCUUCAUAUGGUCCAAUUGACUCGACUGACACAAAACAUCUCCCAUCGCCUUUACAAUCCAGCUUCUAUUCGAGGAACAUGGUCGGAAGUUCAGCUCAAGAUCAAAGACCUUGAUGAACAGCUCGAGUAUUGGUACCGGAAACUACCUCAAGCUUUUGACUUUCGAAGAAAUCAACGGGAGCGGGGUUCGUACGAGUACCGUCUCAAUCUCGGAUUUUUCUACUACAGUGCCAAAAUGACCAUUCACCGCCCAUGUCUUUGCCGCCUUGACCGCAAAAUUCCCAAUCAGUCAACCAAAUCUCUUGAGUUCAACCGCAACUCCGCCACAACAUGUGUCGAGGCUGCAAUGGAGAUGCUUCAACUGAUGCCUGAUGAACCGAAUGCUGUUGGUUUGAUUCGGGUCGGGCCCUGGUGGAAUAUUUUACACUGGCUUGUACAAGCCACGACAGUGUUGAUGCUUGAGAUUUCUUUCCGAGUAAAUCACAUGCCCGAAGAAGCAGACGCGAUCCUAGAUUCAUGCAAGAAAGCAAUACGCUGGCUUCAUGCACUCGGGGAAGACAACCAAUCGGCGAAACGGGCUUGGUCAUUAUGUUUUACAAUGCUUCGCGAAGCCGUGAAGAAGAUUGGUCGCGAUGUCGAGGACCUGCCGCCAAACCCACCAGGUAAACCUCCAUCUGCAGAACCCGAUGUUUCAAUGCCAGACUUCUCUGGCGGAAGCAUCUCCUACUCGACCAACCAGUAUGCAUCGGCCCCAAUAUCCACCUCGAUGUAUGGCACAACGCCUGAUCUACCGACUUCCCAGUCCUUUGCCAUGUAUGACCCACUGAUGCAGUACGAUCAACAUUUUCCGACAGAUUUCCAGAUGGGUGAAUCUAUGCAGCGCCAGCAGCUUCCGGGUGCGGAGCUGGAGUUUAUGAGUACCGUAUAUCAUGACAAUCACAGUUAUCACCAGGGAAGCGCGAGCGGUCGUGGAACACGGAGUAAUUGA